AUGGCCAUCGACACACACUGCGCCCAUGAAGCACCACACCUCGCCGAUGACCGUCUGUUGGAGCUGGGCAUCGACCCGGCGGCGCUCCUCGCCACGCUUCAGGCGCUGAGGGGCCGUCCAGCAAGGACCAGCGACAGUCCAAAACCAGGCGUCCAUUCGUCAGGGUCAGACGCGAUGGGCUCCACAACAUACUGCCCCAUUCACGAGACCUCCACCCACUUGCUCGCCGAAUGCCAUGUCGUCAACGAGCUCGUCGCCGAGCGCCGACGGCGGUCUCGACCCGACUCGCUUUUCGGCGCUCCUCCAGCAUACGAGGACUCUUUUGCGGAUGAGCUCGCUGCCAUUCUGGAGGUGGACGAUGAACUACAUUUACCAAAGAAGGGAGCAGAGAAGGAGACACGCGGGCACCCUCUUCUGGAUACAUUCCAUCCUGGCCGUCACGGAUCAUCAGAGGAAUCGUUUGGUCACAUUGGCACUCUGGACGACACUCUCGACGGCGACUUUCUGAACCUCUUCCCACAACCGCCGACCAAAUCACGGUCCUCCUCUUUCGACAGCUGUCGCACGUUUGGUAGCGGGACAUUUGGCGGCAGUGAGACCGAUUUGCCUUCUUCUGAGACAGCAAGCACAGGCAGGCGAGAGUCAGCGACGCGUCCAACCUCAUCCCACCCAAAGUGGCGCCGUGUCCUCCGGAUCGAGCCCACCGGCGACGGCAUUCGGAUCGAGCCAGCACCAUGCACCCCAACAACCCUUCACUGGGCGAGUGCAGCAUCAGGAUCUGCUGCCCCACAGCGGGCCUGCAUCAGCCGGGGCUCCAGCUCUACUGCAACAACCCCGACAACCACCUCGUCCACACUCAACACCCCUCGCAGUUUCGUUUCCGCAAUCGGGUCGCCGUGGCCGCCCCAGGCAUCUCCGACCGCCGCUUUACCUGGCACCAACCUAUCGUCGCCUACAACACUGUACUCGCCCGCACGCUCGCCCCUCGCCAAGUUCUUUCCCGCACCACCACCUCCUUCGUCGUACGUCGGGGUCAAGGAGACAGUUCUCCCAACGCCUCCGCGGGUCACGCAGGUGGCUACUCCACCUGUACUUGUAUCCAGUCCACCUCCACAGGUCGCUCCCGUUACUGAAGGUGCACACCUGGAGCGCCAGACGAGCGCCGCUUCGGGGAGCCUGUACAGUUCCGGAGGGUUCAGUUCCACCAGCUUCAAUGAGAGCGUCUUCACACCACCACUUCACCCCUUCCUACCUCUGCAACCGGUACCGACAAAUGACAGCCAUAAGAGCACUGCCGACAAGAGUAUGAGCUCGGACAGUGGGCCCACAGGCCCUGAACUUGAACCGUCGCUCGAGGGCGAUUGCGCUUCCCCACUGGUCGCUAUCGGCGGCAGCAGCGAGAGGACGGCCAAGUCGUUGCCGCGCAAACUCAGCAUCACACCUAGCAUGGCACCCAGCAUAGCGCCGAGCAUGACGCACAGCAAGGCACCCAGCAUCGGAGCCAGCUCGAACAAGAGCGGCUGUUCCAAAGUCAAGGGCGAACGAGCGCUUCUCGACCAGCCACAUACAGGCCACCGUCUCGAAGCCGACAAGGGCAACUUUGUAGACGGCUGUCCCGUGUGCGAGCGCAUGGCCGAAGCGUGGAAGCGGCGCCGCGACAAGGCUGCCGCCAGCAAAAAGGGCAAGUCGCAGAACCCAUUCACGCACCACGUCUCUGUCGCGUACCACAACGGCGACGUCAGUGGCAGCGGCCCUGGCGAGCUCGCCCACGGCGCCGGAAAUGCCGCCACUACCGGACAGUACCUGUCGUGGCUCCGUGCCACCACCGCAUAG